CAUUUUUUUCCCAUCUUUGACAACCAUUUUUUGUUUUCGCUUCAUUAUUUUCACCCCACUCUCAAACCAACUUUUAUUCACACACAUAUCUUAACGAAACACAUCUCUCAACAAUGAACAAAAACCCUUCCAACAGUGAUACAGUUCAGCGCCUCAAGGACGAUCAAGGCUCUCUUCUUCCUGGAUUGGCAUAUGUCGGUGCUGCUGCUAUUGGAGGUGCUGCACUUGUCCACCGCGUUAAAAGUGUUCCAGUCAAGAUCCUGACACCCUUGACCUUUGCUGCACUUGGAGGAUAUUAUUUCCUUCCUACGCAUGCAAAUAAAAUGACCAAUGCCUGGACUCCUGUGGUUCCUUCGACAGCUAAACAUGGUGCCGAUGCUGGUACUAACUCUUCUAUUUCAAUGACUGUCACCUCCCCACCUGUUUCUGAUGCGCCCAAAAGAACACUUUUAAGCUCUGUCGAAAAGACUUCUGCUGAUAUUGGUGAAAAGGCUCAAGGAGCCAUGCACGAUCUUAAACAGAAAGGCGAAUCGAUGGUCGAUACUGUCAAAUCUGACUUCAAUAAUAUCUCCCACCAAACCAAAAACACCGCCAGUCAUCUUGGUAAUUUGAGUCAGCAUGAGAAAGAAAAGGCGUUCUUCAGAGACACCAGCGGUAACAACAACAGCAACAAUGCCAGCGUCCCUGAGAAACCUUCUUCCACUCGUUGGGCUUGGUGGAGGAGCUCAGACGAUCACACAAAAUCCAAAAAGGAGAUCGAGACCAUGGCCGACGAUAAUAAUUCUGCAGCUGAUGGGUCGCGCCCGACCGUGUCCCCCGUGACCGCCCCCAGGACGACCGUCACUGUGACGGCAACGUCGACAUCGACUGAUCCCGAGUAUAACAAGCCCCACAAUGUUAUAGUCGACAAGACUGUCGCUGCCGCUGCUGUCAAGGGCCAUGAUGACAUUGUCAACCGCAAUGCUUCAUUAGGUAAGGAUGCUAAAGAGACUGCUCGCAAGGUUCACCAGAACGUCGUCGAUGCCUCUGUUCCUGUACACCGCCAGGGUCGCAAUGAAGAGCAUCCUCUCGAGCUCUCAAGACAAGCUGCUGCUAGUGAUUACAGGGAUGGAAAGUUCAUCGUCCGUGCCCAGCCUGAGGAGAAGGAUGAUCAAGAGGACACUGGAAAGAUUCCCGAGCGUAUCGCUCGAAGGGCCAGUGGCAUCAAGAAAGAUAUCCACCAUGGCUUGCAGAACUUGGAAAAGCGUGCUCAUAUGAUUUCUGAUGGCGUUGAGCAUCUCGAACAUAAUAUCAACAAGCGUAUCCAAAAGUCGCUUGAAGACGAAGCUGAGUUCUGGCACGAACAGUCCUUGAAGGAGGAAGCCAAUGCUCGUGACCGCGAGCGUGGUCUGUAAAUACUAUCAUCCUUAUCCUUUCCCUUAUCCAUAAGCAUAUUCAGUAUAGGCAAACUGAAAAAAUAUUCACACCCCCUCCCCCACUCUAUUCCAAUCCCUAUCCUUCUAACCUCUGUAUAUAAAUUUGCCAUUACGCAC